AUGCUGCAGAAUAUGAUCCAGCCUGCACCAGAGGAUGGAAGACCUUACGAUCCUGAGGCAGAGGCUGUUGCGGUGGCUGAGAUAGCCGUUGAGGCUGGCAUAUUUGUGGAGGAUGCCCCGACAGAGUCUGCUCCAGAUACUAGUACAGAACCUACUUCUGCUCCUGCUCCUGCUCCUGGGGCUUAUGAGGAGGUGUUGGGUGAGAUAGCCAGACUAUCAGGUGUAGUGGACGAUGUUAAGGCCACUCUAGGUAUCGUCCUUAAAAAUCAAGAAGUCAUAUUAGAGAAGCUGGCAACACUAGGUAGUAUACCUACUCCUGCACCUACUCCUGCACAUACUCAUGCACCCACUCCAACAGAUGAUGUAGAGUACAACAUUCUCCCCUCAUGUUACGAGCCUUCUGUUGGAGAAGCCACACCUUCUCAGCCAGUGCAGACGGUCUUAGGUAAGCGUACUAGACAGAGACCAGUAAGGUACGAGGACUAUACUCCAGCAGCCAAGAAACCAAAGUUCAAGGACCCAGUUACGAUCCUUCCUUUAAAGGUGUUGGAUCAAGAUAUGUUGACAACUUUUAACCGAUGGGUACUCGGUGAGAUUGAUAACAGCAGACCGAGGAAGUUGGAAUGUUGUGAUGGGACCCCUGUUUGGUUCUUGAAGUUGAAGGUGGCAAAAGAAUGGUUGGCAGAAACUCAUCUCGACGCUGCGAAUUAUCUUAUACGGAGACGUCUUUUUGAGUUGCCGAAGACGUACCCCGUGAAAGCCACCGUACUUGAUUCAUCAUUUGCACAAUAUAUUCCUGCCAGAUACGAGGAAUUCAAGAAAUAUGGCAGGACUUACCAAUGGGACUCGGACAUUCUUGAUUUCCUGAAAGGAGAUGCCAAAAAGUACAAGAAGCCUUGGGGUGAUUGCAACGAGGUCUACUUCCACUGGUGCAUGGAAAAUCGGCACUGGGUCCUUUGCGAAAUAAAUUUCGCUGAUUGGAUGAUCACUGUAUUUGACUCAGAUCAUUCUAACUUUAGCCAUAAUAAGUUGUCUGAGUUGAUGGAGCCUUGGACUAGGAUGCUUCCAUCUUUACUCAACGCUUCUGGUAUGUUUAAAGGACACCCCAAGUUAAAAAUAGCUAGACCGAAGAUCACCGUUCCAAACUUUGAUUGGCGGCGCAUGUCCACUGAUAUUGUCCCACAGUCUAGAACCAGCGGAGAUUGCGGUGUAUUCGCCAUCAAACACUUGGAGUUCAUUCUUGGAGACAUUCCCUUAUCAUAUGCCAUCGAGGACAACAUUCAGUACUUCAGGGAUAAAUUAUGCAUCGACAUUUUUUAUGAGAAUGUGUACCCUUGAUGUUAGAACAUUUAUUUUGAUUUCGAUGACACACAAUAGUAUAUUUCUCCUUAGUAUUGUAUAUAAAAAAUGUCGUUUCGAUUAACAAA